AUGUCUUUAAGAUUGUUGUCACGACAAAAGAAAUUAGCUCCUGGGCAUUUAUUUCUCAGGACAAGAACGUCGCAGAAUUACUUUUCGACUUCGCGAUUGUCAUGGGCUGCUGCUCAAUUGGAUGCUAGUAGAUUGAAUGUUCAAAAAGUGAGCAAAGCUAAGGACCUCCCUCCACCUGAACAACUUGUGUUUGGAAAGUCAUUCACUGAUCACAUCCUGUCAAUUGAGUGGGAUGCUGAGUCGGGCUGGGCUGCCCCUCAAAUCAAACCUUACGGACCACUGGCUUUGGAUCCAGCAGCUGUUGUUUUUCAUUAUGCAUUCGAGUGUUUUGAGGGAAUGAAGGCUUUCAAGGAUAUCGACGGUGAUAUUAGACUGUUUCGUCCUGACCGUAAUAUGGCCAGACUGAAUAGUUCAAGUGAGAGGAUUUGUUUGCCUACCUUUGACAGUGAGGAGAUGAUUAAAUUACUCAAGGAGUACGUUAAACUAGAAAAGAAUUUGAUUCCUGACAAGAAAGGAUACUCUUUAUACCUUCGACCCACCAUGAUUGGUAUUGAUGCUGGUUUAGGCGUUGGAACCCCUAAGAAAGCCCUUUUGUAUGUUAUUGCUUCCCCUGUUGGCCCUUACUACCCUACUGGUUUCAAAGCUGUUCGUUUGGAGGCUACCGAUUACGCUGUUCGCGCUUGGCCCGGCGGUGUUGGUAAUAAAAAGCUUGGCGCCAACUACGCACCUUGUAUUCUUCCUCAGCAGCAAGCAGCUUCUCGCGGCUUCCAACAAAAUCUUUGGCUGUUUGGACCAGAAGGUAACAUCACCGAGGUGGGUACAAUGAACGCAUUCUUUGUUUUUAAGGACUCAACUACUGGAAAGAAGGAACUAGCUACUGCACCCCUUGAUGGAACUAUUCUUGAAGGUGUCACUCGUGACUCAAUUUUGGAGCUUGCCCGUGAAAGACUAAACCCUAAUGAAUGGAAGAUUUCUGAACGCUAUUGCACUAUUCAUGAGGUCGCCGAAGCUGCUAAGAAAGGUGAAUUAGUGGAGGCUUUUGGCGCAGGAACUGCUGCUAUUGUUAGCCCUAUCAAGGAAAUCAGUUACCAUAACGAGCCUAUCUAUGUUCCCCUCCAGGAGGGCAAGGAAACCGGUCAACUUACUGAGACUGUGGCCAACUGGAUCUCUGAAAUCCAGUAUGGUAUUAUAGACCACCCAUACUGCCAAAAGAUUUAG